AUGAAGACUUUCGUCACCGUUGCAGCUUUGGCUGCUGGUGCUAACGCACUGGUCAGCAGAGGAGAUAGCUGCUGUUUCCACCUGACCGCAUCUGGCGGCGCGUCAGGCACUGUUGGUCAGCUUAGUGACGGACAGAACCGCAUUGGCGGUGGCCUUUCUGCUGCAGAGUACUGCAUCAGUGAUGGCAAAAUAACCGAUAGCAGUGGCCGCGGUUGCAUCCUGACUCCCCCGACUACUCAGUUCCAGUGUGAUGAGGGAGCUUCCCCUACCACGGGUUUCUCAAUCAGCUCAGAAGGAGAGCUCGAGUAUAAUGGUAGUACUAAGUUUAUCGCCUGCGAAACCGGAGAUGACAAUGAGCGCAACAUCUACACCACUGACAGCUCCGCUCUCUCGAGCUGUGUUGAUAUCACCCUGAGUGCGGACUCUUGCUCUACGUGUGCUUCGAAGACCACGGUCGAGACCGCUACGGUUACUGUCACUGUCACUAUGAGUGCAGAGUGCACAACCUCAGCUGCUCCUCCCCCGGAGACCACCAGCGUCAAGACCACUACUGCUUCAGCUACAAAGCCUACGACGACUUCUACACUCAGUACAACUGAGGCGCCGCCUCCUGAGACCACUACGACAUCUGUUGCGCCUACUACAGCGAAGACUACCACAGCGAAGACUACCACGGUGGAGACUACCACCAGCUCUCCCAAAACGUCCACUACCUCGUCCGCAUCGGCUAGCUGCCCGACUGAUCUGAGUGGCACCUGGGAGUUCCCUCACCUAAUCAUCCCUAUUGAUUCGGCCAAGCCCAAAGAUGCUGCCGGUACCUCGUACUAUGGUACAGUGUCUUCGACCGUUUCUUCGCUCUUCAACUUUGAUAUUCCAUCCUCGGACUCCGGCAAGACCUGCUCUCUCAUUUUCCUCUUCCCCGAGCAGGCGGAUCUUGAGACCUCAUCCUACACCUUUAGCGGCAACGGCGAGAUCAACUUUGGUCUUUUGGAGUCUCCUGCCACCAGCUCCACCGACUACGACAACGCCCCUGCCAUCAAGACUGACUACGGUGUUUUCACCGUGGCGCCUGGCAACUCUUAUCUGAUCGCUACCUUCUCGUGCCCCGCUGGCGAGACAGUCGGCUACGAGCUGAAGAAUGCUGGUACCACAGACCUGAACUACUUCCAGGAUUACAACCCGUCUCCUGGCUGUAUCGUUGGAUUCUGGAUCCUUGACAGCGUCGAACCUUUCCAUCAACACUUUUCCCUGCGCAAUAUUUCUCUCCAAUACCCGUAUGCAGUCCACGAGCGGGUCCCCAUCUUUCUGGCCCUGUGCAUCUCCGGCGCCGCUCCCAUAGCCAUCAUCACCGUCUAUACCCUUUUGAUUGAUGGCUUAUUCUCGCACCACAAGCCACAGGACCCGGUUUCCCGGAAGCGGAAGCUGACGGGACCCUACCGGUGGAAAGAUAGACUGUGGGAGUUGAACUGCGGCGUGUUAGGCCUGUUACUAUCCCAGGCUCUCGCGUUCAUCAUCACCCAAGUGUUGAAGAAUGCCUGUGGGAAACCCAGACCGGACUUUAUCGAUCGUUGUCAGCCGUUGACCGGAAGCGAGGAUCAAAUGCCUUAUGGCUUGUCCAAUUCUACCAUCUGCAAACAGACCGACCAAGCGAUUAUGAAGGAUGGGUUUCGUUCAUGGCCGUCCGCUUCAUUCGCCGGAUUGUUCUACCUGUCGCUGUGGCUCACCGGCAAGUUCCAUGUGAUGGACAAGCGAGGGGAGACCUGGAAGACAUUGGUCGUCACAAUCCCCAUUUUAGCAGCCACGCUGAUAGCGGUGACACGCAUUAUGGACGCAAGGCAUCAUCCGUUUGACGUCAUAUCUGGCUCUCUCCUUGGAAUUGCAUGCGCCUGCAUGUCCUAUCGCCAGUACUUCCCGCCCGUCACGGAGGCCUGGAAAAAGGGCCGGGCGUAUCCGAUCCGGAGCUGGGCCACCGAGCCAUUACCGCCCGCUGCUGCCCGCUAUAACGAGUACAAUGAGAGCACUGUUGCCCUGCACAAUACCGAGGACGAGCAUAUCAAUACUCCUGAUGGUGUCCAAGGAAGUAGAGUGCCAGAGGAAGGUGUGCCAUCGCAAUUGGGCCUUUUCCACAGUCCUCCUUUACUGCACCCUUCAGAAGAAGAAACCCCCUUCUCAUCUUCGAACGCAUAUAACCGUCGACUUCGUGGAGACGAUGAUCAUUGGUCCUCCUCUAGUGAGGAUGUCGUGGAUGAUUUCGAGAUGCAUCACAGGUACACCGCGACUCAAAAUCCCGGAGCCGCCUCUGAAUUACCACAGUAUGAAGAUACGACCUACCCGGCCCAGCCUCAGUCUCUACCGGGGCGAUCUUUGACCACCCCUUCCGCCAACCAGCCUUGA